UUUUUUUGUUGUUUCGGGGUCUUGUGAAAUCGCCGGAUUUUCCACAUUUCCUCGAGGAAAUUGGUUGAAAUGACGAAAAAGAAGCCUCUUGGAAUCGGGUUGAGCCGCGAUGAACGGAUGCUGAUUGUGGUGGGAGAGAUCAUCCAGGAGCUUCUGAAGGCGCAUCGCGAAGGGAAAGAUGUGAAUCUGAAUCGUCUGAAGACGCGUAUCUCCUCCAACUAUGGCCUCGAGUCGGCACCCCGGCUAGUGGACAUCAUAGCGGCCGUUCCACACGAGGCCAAGUCGAUUCUACUACCGAAACUAAGGGCAAAACCCAUCCGGACGGCCAGCGGGAUCGCCGUUGUUGCGGUGAUGUGUAAACCGCAUCGCUGUCCGCACAUCAAUAUGACCGGCAAUAUCUGCGUGUACUGUCCGGGAGGACCGGACAGCGAUUUUGAGUACUCAACGCAGAGCUACACCGGCUACGAGCCGACGUCUAUGCGGGCAAUCCGGGCGCGAUACCAUCCAUUUCUACAGACGCGGCACCGUGUUGAGCAGCUCAAGCAACUUGGACACUCGGUCGACAAGGUAGAAUUUAUCGUCAUGGGAGGAACGUUUAUGUGCUUGCCGGAGGACUAUCGAGACUUUUUCAUCCGGAAUCUUCACGAUGCUCUUUCCGGGCACACCAGCUCGAGUGUGGCCGAGGCAGUAAAGUACUCGGAGCGAUCCCACACCAAAUGCAUCGGUAUUACGAUUGAAACGCGACCCGAUUACUGCUUGAAGCGGCACCUCUCGGAUCUUUUGGCGUACGGUUGCACUCGCCUUGAAAUCGGCGUUCAGUCGGUAUACGAAGAUGUGGCUCGAGACACUAACCGCGGUCACACGGUGAAGGCAACGUGCGAAAGCUUCCAGAUGUCGAAGGAUGCCGGUUUUAAGGUUGUAUCGCACAUGAUGCCCGACUUACCUAAUGUAGAUAUCGAGCGAGACAUCGAACAGUUUAUCGAGUUCUUCGAGAAUCCCGACUUCCGUGCGGAUGGAUUGAAGAUCUACCCGACGCUGGUCAUUCGUGGAACGGGAUUGUACGAGCUCUGGAAAACUGGGCGUUAUAAGAGUUAUCCCCCAUCGACGUUGGUUGAUUUGGUGGCGAAGAUCCUGGCGCUGGUCCCACCGUGGACGCGCGUGUAUCGCGUGCAGCGUGAUAUCCCUAUGCCGCUCGUAACGUCCGGGGUGGAGCACGGUAAUCUACGUGAACUAGCACUGGCGCGAAUGAAGGAUCUUGGAACGGAUUGCAGAGAUGUAAGAACGCGAGAGGUUGGCAUACAAGAAAUCCACAACAAGGUGCGGCCAUACGAAAUCGAGCUGAUUCGGCGUGAUUACGUAGCGAACGGAGGAUGGGAAACGUUCCUUUCGUACGAGGAUCCGAAGCAAGACAUUCUUGUCGGAUUGCUACGUUUGCGUAAGUGCUCGCCGGAUACGUUCCGGCCUGAGCUGCUUAACGGAUGCUCGAUCGUUCGUGAACUGCACGUUUACGGUUCCGUAGUGCCGGUCAAUGCUCGCGAUCCUACCAAGUUUCAGCACCAGGGCUUCGGAAUGCUCCUGAUGGAAGAGGCGGAACGUAUCGCACGCGAUGAACACGGCAGCCGCAAGCUGGCCGUCAUAUCGGGUGUGGGCACGAGAAACUACUACCGCAAGAUGGGUUACGAGCUGGAUGGACCUUACAUGUCAAAAAUGUUGAUCUAACGCAACGCCAAUAAACUAAUGUUGAGCUAACUUUCUGCAGUAACAGA